CAUUCACUUUCCGUCGCUGUAUAUAAAGACGGCCGAGUCCUCGGUUUUAUUCAUCAGUCAAUUCAACGGCAAUCAAGUUCAAAGCUGCUCCUUCCUCGCUGUUGUUAUACAUCGUUCGUGAUUCAAGAGAAAAAUGAUUUCUAGCAUUGUACGUCGUCCUCUGAUGAUGUUGCUGUUUGCUGUGGCUUACUCGUUGGCUUCUCCUGCUAACUACGUCACCAGUAAAUCGUCCACAACGUCGUAUCCCGGUCCAGCUGUGACGAUUUUGAAACAGAUCAACCAACUGAAUGACGAUGGCUCUUACACGUUCGGAUUCGAAGCUUCAGACGGAUCGUUCCGAGUCGAGAAUAUGGACGUGAACGGUUACAUGACCGGCAAAUAUGGAUACAUUGAUUCCUACGGAAAAGCACAAGAAACCGAAUACGCGGCUGGAAAGAUGUCCGGCCAGUCUGUCGGAUUCCAAGCUCGAGGAACUCUGCUCAACGACGGUGUCCGCAGCAGUCAGCCGUUUCCUUUCAUCCGCACAUCCCCCAAAUCGGUGGAACAGAAACUUUUAGACUACCAGUACACUAGCGUUGAUGACGAUGAAGAUGGCUUUCCUGAUCCAUCGCCAGCCCGUGACAUCAACUACAACGCUGGAGUCGUCCGCAUUUCUUCUCCAGCUAAAGCAACUUACGACAUCCAGCCAACCGUAGUUCGUGUCGCUAAUCCGCAUACUUCCCCACUUUUAGACGUCAGCGUAGUAGCUCCAGCCCGUAAAAACAAAGAAUCCGGAACUGUUCGUUUCGUUUCAUCGGCUAAAAAUUCUUAUGAAAACCCAUCGACUGCCAUCCGCGUUGCUGAUCCGUACGAUGCCGCUGUUUCCGAUAUCCGCGUGUUAACCCCCACUAAAACAGUUUCUCAAGUUGCUAUCCCUAAUGUCCGUGUCCCUGUGAGAAGCUCAUCGCGUCGUACCAACAACGUGGUCCGCCUUAUUGAUCAGAAUGACGACGCGUACGUUAAGAACACCAACGUCCGCGUAACGGCUCCGACUCGCAUCUCUUACGAUCAAGCCCCUGCUGCCAUCCGUGCCGUAAACCGUGAAACGGCCACAUACGACAGCUUUCCGAUUGUCAAGCAAACGGUGGAGCCCAGCAAGACCAUCAAGGAGGUUGCUCAGGUGGCUGUGCCUGUCGUUCGAUUAGCCUCUUCAGGCUACGGAAAGUCUAGUGGCCGUUCGACCGGCCGAUUGGACGAGUUCCUGAGGAGUCUGAAGACGAACAACAGGAAUAGUGGCAAUAGUUACAAUGCUUACCAAUCAGGCAGUAGUGAUUUGAUCAUUCAAAAUGAUUUCGAGUCGCAAGAGGUGUUCCAGAUUGCUCAGGAUUUUCAGCCGAUUCAGGACGAUGCAAUUUCCGUUGAUUCCUUUGGUCUUACCCGCAUCAUCUAACUGCUGCCCAUUCAAAAGAUUCUGUAGAAAAAUGAGUGAAAUUUGAUUAUUCUAUUUCUUAGUGAAUUUUUAAUGUAAUUUCACGGUGGUUUGUUUCGGUACUAACUGAUCGUUUCUACAUUAUGUUUGAUAAUAUAUGAUAUAUAACUCGAA